AAUUUUCAACCCAGCGGUAGCAUUGUUGAGGUGCGCCCUUAUAAACAAGUUCUAAUCCUAUCAGCAACGGCUCUAAGAGGCAACUCACUCAUCUUCUUCCACUAUCGAAACCUGAGUACUCGUACGGACGCCGUUGUAUCAGGAAGGAGGCAGCAGCAGCUGUGUUGUUGGUGAUUAUUUUGCAGGAGUGGUGGUUUGGAUUGGGAUAGUUUUGGACAUGAGCUUAGAAAGGAGCCGAAGCAGGAGCCCGAUGGAUCGUAAGAUCCGCACCCAACGCUAUUCCUAUCGUGAUGCACCGUAUAGACGGGAUUUGCGUCAGGGUUUCAGCCAGAACAGUUUGUGCAAGAACUGCAAAAGGCCAGGUCAUUUUGCUAGAGAAUGCCCUAAUGUGGCCAUUUGUCACAAUUGUGGUCUUCCUGGGCAUAUUGCAUCAGAAUGCUCCACGAAGUCUCUUUGUUGGAACUGUCGAGAACCUGGCCAUAUGGCUGGUAAUUGUCCAAACGAGGGAAUCUGCCAUACCUGUGGCAAGGCAGGACAUCUUGCUAGAGACUGUGAAGCUCUUCCGUUGCCACCUGGUGACCUGAGGCUGUGCAAUAACUGCUUUAAGCAAGGUCAUAUUGCUGCUGACUGUACCAAUGACAAGGCCUGCAAGAAUUGUAGGAAGACAGGUCAUCUUGCCCGAGACUGUCAAAAUAAACCUGUCUGCAAUUCCUGUAAUAUAUCUGGGCACGUGGCUAGAGACUGCCCGAAGGGCAAUGUUUUCGAUGAGAGGGGUUCUGGAAUUCGUGGAGGUGGAUACCGCGAUAUCGUAUGUCGAAACUGCCAACAGGUAGGUCAUAUGAGUAGGGACUGCAUGUCGAUGGCGAUAUGUCACAAUUGUGGCGGAAGAGGACACAUGGCAUUUGAGUGUCCAUCCGGAAGGUUCAUGGACCGCUUUCCCAGGAGGUACUGAAGGAUUAAAUUUGUGGCUUUUCUAUCAUAUGUUAGCUCGACCAUAUUUAUCCCUCUUUUUAUUUUCAUUUGAACUUAGUGGUGGUGCACUUUUUGGAAUAAUUUAUGGUUGAACUUCUUGAAUCCAAACUUGUUACUUUGUAGAACAUUGAGUUAUGAAAUUACUUUUGUAUUUAAAGUUCUUCUAUAUAUACGAGGACAUGGUAGUUAUAAUCU